GUCAAAUAUUAGUAUAGGCGUCAACUCUGGUCACACUUAAAAUACCGAUGGCAGCGAAUUUACGUAAACCAAUUGUAGCGGGAAGCCUCCAGAGGUUCUUCGCCUCAGCUGCCAAGGCUGCAAAAGCCAAGCCGAAGAAGACCAGUCCCCUGGCUGCUGUCGGCGAAUCAAUUGCCUCCAGAGGUUUUCUGCGUCCCCACAAGCCGUACACACCACCGGGCGAUGCGGCGGAACGAGUGCGCUCCGUUGCCGCCUCUCUGCAGUUGAAAGGCGACAAGCUGGAAAACCUUUCCGAAAAGUUCAAAUUCCUGUCCGCCUGUUUCCAGGAGCUGCAGCACGGGGUGCCCAACUCCCAGGUGCAUGAACUGCGCACUUUGUCCGAUGUUAUCGCAUUUUACGAAACUCCCGUGGACACAACGGUUCCACUAGAUGCCCUGAAACGCCAAGAUCUGCCUGAGAAUUUGCACAUUCAGUACGAGUACUUACGCUUCAAUCCCGAGACGGACACCAAAUUCGGCGGCAAGACAGCCUUCCCCAAGAGCUCCACGCUGGUCACGGGCCUAAAGUACCGGGGCAAGUACGAGGGAAACGAGGCCAAGCGCUCCUGGCCGUAGAAGAGCCCAUCAGUUAGUUGUUAUUGUAUUACAUUUAAUAAAUAUCGUGUAUCUAAAAGUGCUCGGAUACAGUUUUCACCAA